AUGGCGUCCAUGCCAGCAGAGGAGCUCUCUCCGGAACAGAAGGCGGGCGGGCAGGACACUGAAGGGCAGGUCGCAGACAAUGACCUGUUGGGAGGUAACCGCUUUCCUUCCGCUUCCUUCUGCCCGCACCCGCACCCGUUGCGAAAGCCUCCUUCUAAAAGCGGGUGGCAGGAUGAACUGCUCUGCACCUAUGCCGCCCUGGUGCUCCACGAUGAUGGCGCUGAGAUUACGCCCCAAGCCAUGACCAACCUCAUCAAGGCUGCCGGCUGCUCAGUGGAGGCCUACUGGCCCUUGCUGAUGGCGAAGAUGAUCAAGAACGUGGGCAUGGAGACUCUCAUCAAGCGUGGAGGCUCGGCAGCGGUGCUGGCGGCGGCGGCGGGGGCGGUGGCGGUGGCGCUGCCGCGGGCGGCGGUGGCGGUGGCGGCGGCGGCGGCGGUGGCGCUGCUGAGGAGGAGAAGAAGAAGGUGUCGACGGCCGACUGGGGAGGAGGAACGACCGAAAAGGAGGGGCGCUGAGCCAGUCGUGCAAGCCGCCGCCGCGGCAGCGGGCACUGCGGCGGCACGAAAGGAAGUGAGGCUCCGACUCCUCUCGGCUGCCGCUGCCACCUGCCGCGGCCAGUGUGGGAGUGACGUGGCGAAGGAAGGAGCACUGCAGUUGGUGAAAGCCAUGGAGGCCUUGAACCCAACGCUGGAGCCGGCGAAGCAACAAGGCUUCCUAGAGGGCACCUGGCGUCUGAUCUACGCCUCGGAGGACGUCACGCGGUCCUCGCCCUUCUUUUGGGGAUGGAGACAGAUGCUCCAGGGCGUCCCAGACCCUUCGCCCGUGACACGGUCGUUGCUGGGGACACAGGAGCUGUCAGAGUCCAUCUUCGCCAUCACUGAUGGCAUUCCGCUGAAGACGGUGGGCGAGGCCACCCAGACAAUGGUCAACGGGAAGAUGGUGAACCGGGUCGCCAUCGAGGUCUUUGGGGCAGGAAGGACCAUCAUGACCACUACCAGCAGGUACGAAGCCUCGCCGGAUGGCUCCGAGCUGCUGUUGACGGUGGAGACCACCCAGGCGGUGGACAACACCUUGCCCUUUGCGGAUCAAGUUGUCUUCCCCUCCGAGUCCUUCCUUGGGGAAAAUGCCCGCGUGCGUGUGCGCGUCACGUACCUGGAUGACGACUUGCGGGUCUUCCGGAACGAGAAGGAUGACCAAGUCUUUGUCUACAUCAAGGCAUAG